AUGCCUCCGGUUCGAGCGGCCUUGUGGCGCACACUGCGUGCCCACCAAGUCUACGGUGCCAACACAGACGUAGGCAAAACCAUUGUGUCUACUAUUCUAUGUAAUGCGGUACAACGUCGCAAGGCCGAAAAGGCGGCAUUCCUGAAGCCAGUAUCUACAGGACCAUUGGAUGAGGCAGAUGACAGUCACAUCCAACGCCAUGCGGCCGGUACAUUGACCAAAUGUCUGUAUCAAUUCGAUGAGCCGGUGAGCCCGCAUAUUGCUGCUCAGCAGAAGAACUUCGUGAUCCCUCGGGACGAUGAUAUCCUCGGUUCCGUGCACAAGACACUCUCCGAAUGGGCUCGCACUGGAGUCAGUUUCGCUCUCGUAGAGACUGCCGGUGGAGUCCAUUCGCCUGGGCCGAACGGUAACUCGCAGGCAGAUCUUUACCGGCCCCUUCGUUUGCCGGUGGUUCUUGUCGCAGAUUCGCGACUUGGGGGCAUCUCGUCUUCCAUCUCGGCCUACGAAUCACUACUGCUUCGCGGCUACGAUGUCAAUUCGGUGCUCCUGUUCCGCGACGAUUACUACAAGAACCAUGAGUACCUGGGCGACUACUUCCGCAACAAGAGCAUUCCCCUUGUACCAUUGCCACAGCCUCCCAAACGCCCGCAGUCGCAGGAUGCAGCGUCCCUGGCGCAGGACGAGGAGGCCAUGGCAGGCUACUAUCAGCAAGUCGCGCAGGAAUCAGACGUCCAAGGUCUGUUGGGUGAGCUGGCGGCGAGAAAUGCCGAGAGAAUCGAUCGUCUAGAGUCAAUGGCUAGUCGGGCCCAUGAUACGAUAUGGUACCCCUUUACGCAGCACCAUGGCAUGACUGCCAAGGAUAUCACUGUGAUCGACUCUGCACAUGACGAUUACUUCCAAACUUUUGAGUCGAGCGGCAAUGCAGACCAGGGUAAUUUGCAACCAACGUUUGACGGCUCAGCGUCGUGGUGGACUCAAGGUCUUGGUCACGGCAACCCGGAGCUUGCCUUGUCGGCUGCAUACGCAGCUGGACGAUAUGGACAUGUCAUGUUUGCUGGAAACGUUCACGAGCCCGCGCUAUCGCUCGCAGAGCUCCUGAAAGACACUCUCGGAAACCCUCGGCUCCAGAAGGUCUUCUACACCGAUAAUGGAAGCACGGGGAUGGAAGUGGCUGUGAAGAUGGGUCUACGUGCGGCAUGCCAUCGCUACGGUUGGGAUGCCAGCAAGGAACAGAUCAGUAUUCUUGGCCUCAAGGGAAGCUACCAUGGCGACACGAUCGGGGUCAUGGACUGCUCGGAGCCGUCGACGUAUAACCAGAAGGUCGAGUGGUACCGCGGUCGCGGCUACUGGUUCGAUUUUCCCUUGGUGAAAAUGUCCCAAGGGACUUGGAAGGUUGAGAUCCCUAAAGAGCUGCGAGACUCCUUGGGCGGGGAUCUUGAGUUUUCCUCGUUGAGCUCGGUAUUUGAUCUGGAGACGCGUGUCAAAUCAGAAGCGGGACAACGCUACAGAGAUUUCAUACGCACUACGAUCGAAGAUCUGGUCCGCAAACAAGGAAUGAAGUUUGGUUCUCUCAUCAUGGAGCCUAUCAUUCUCGGAGCCGGCGGAAUGCUCUUCUGUGAUCCGCUAUUCCAGCGAUGCCUCGUGGACGUGGUCCGCGGUCAUCCAGAGCUCUUCACGGACAACCCUACAGCUACAAACAGCCUAGGAUCGGAGACAUCCUGGUCAGGUCUCCCAAUCAUCUUCGAUGAGGUCUUUACCGGACUCUACCGUCUCGGACGCAAAUCAGCCGCCUCCUUCCUGAAUGUCCACCCUGACGUCGCCGUGAACGCGAAACUCCUGACAGGCGGACUUCUCCCUCUUUGCACCACGCUUGCGAGCGAGGAGAUUUUCCAAGCAUUCUCCAGUCCCGAAAAGAGCGACGCCCUAUUGCACGGACACAGUUAUACUGCGCACGCCGUCGGCUGCACGGUCGCCGUGGAUUCCCUGCGAACCAUGACGAAGAUGGAAAGCAGUGGGUCAUGGAAUGCGUACCGCGGGGACUGGAAAGCAGUCGAUGUGUCUGGGGAAGAUAAUUCCCCGGAGGUCUGGUCGGUGUGGUCCCGCGAUCUGCUGCGGGAUCUGUCAUACGCGGACUCGGUCGAGAGCGUUUUCGCUCUUGGCACUGUGCUCAGUAUCUCACUGAGAGACGCCCAAGGCGGAGGCUAUACCUCCACCGCAGCUAAGGGCCUGCAGCAGAGAUUAUCUGCGGGCGGGCCACAAUUUAACGUCCAUUCCAGAGUGCUGGGAAAUGUGCUCUAUCUCAUGUCGAGCGUCACAUCGAAACCCGAGACUGUGCGAGGUUUGGAGGGGCUGCUCCGGUCGGCAUUGCUAUAA